CUGACUCUGGUGCAGGAAGGUCCCUUAGAGAGCUUCUCGUCUAACUUCCUCGUGUUGCAGCUGGGGAAACUGAGGCCCAGAGAGGAGAAGGGACUGAUUCAGUAUAGUUGGUGGCAGUGGGAUUUGAAGUCUGACCUUGAAGCCUGUGUUGGUUCGGGUCCUCCCAAGAAGCAGGUGCGGACAGAGUUAGACAUGCAAGAGAGCUGUAACGCGAGAGCAUCUGUGUACAAGAGUGAAGAACAGAGGAGGCAGGCGGGACGUUCAGACCAUGAAGCUGGUCUGACCCCUGUGAACACGGAGGGGAAAGAAGGAAGGGGCAGGAAGAGUCUCAGAUGCUGCAGUUCUUAGAAUGUUCAGCCCGAUCCAUUGGGAGUCCCUGGGCUAAAGUUAGCCCUUAGAGGAGCCCCCCAUGCUGUAGGAAUAGGCCCACACUGGUAUCCCCAUGUGCUUAGUCCCGGCUGAGAACAGCCCAAAGGAAGCGUAGCCUUGGUGCAAACAUGUUGGUGGAUGUAGGGGGCGGCCCCUGAACCUGGUGGUCAGCUCUGUCCCCCACAGCAAGGUCUGAAGGACACCUGUGCAGUGCAUUCCCCUGACUGCCACAAAGUCCCGGUUCCUGUGAGCCCCACCUCCAUGGUGUUUGAGGGGAAAAGCGAUCUGGUUCGGGACAGCAGUAGGCUUUGAGCUAGAAAGGGAAAACCUUAAGUAUGUCAGCACGGAGAACAUUAACCCAAUACUCUUUUACGUAUCAGCACUGUGUUGAGCCCUUAAAAUCCAUGAUUCCACUUAAUCAUCACAGCAGCACUAUGGGGUGGGUAAUUAUUAUCACGCCCGUUUUACAGAGGAGGAAACAGGCUCAUAGAAGCCUUCAAGUCACAUUGCUGGCACCUGUGGGGUUAAGGCUGUUAAGUGGCUAUUCUAACCAUAUGGAGGCACGGUGGCCUAGCGUUGGGGUCUGAGUCAAGACUCUUAGAUACCAGUGACAGGGAACCAAACUCAGGCUGACUUAAGCAUUGGCUCCCAUGAACUGAAAAAUUCUGACACAGUGGCUUCAGGCAUGGCUGGAUCCAGGGACACAAACAUUGUGGACCUGAACUUUUUCCAUCUCUUCGUUCUUCUUCCCUGUUGAUGCCAUCACCAAGUGGCCUUUUUCUUGCUAUGGCCCCCUCCAUUUCCAGACUUCUAUCAUCUUUGCCUUUAUUAACAGAAAGGAGCAUCCUUUUUCCAGUUUAUUCUAACAUGAAUCCAACAGUUGAGCCUCAUUUCUGCUUGGGUUGCAGGGCCAUCCCUGAACCAGUCACUUGGCUGGAACAGUGGAAUAUGCUGACUGGCCAGGCUGGGGUCAGAUGGCCAUUCCUGGAAUCCUGGCAUAGAGGGUGGGUGGACUCCGCCUCAGCCACAUGGAUUGAGGUUAAGAGAGGAAUGUUCCUUAGAAAACUGGGGUGCUGGGACCAAAGAAGGGGAGAUGGAUUCUGGGAAGCCUGGAAUACAGAUGUUGGAGACAGGUGGGUCCUAGUGAGAAGGGUGCAGGAGCCCAUGGGUUUGGUUCUGUGGCCUCCUGGGCCCUUGCCAUGAAUAGUGAGCAGGCAUCCUGUGGACCUAACCAUCCCUCCCCUUCCAGUGUCUACUGGGACUAUGCCAUGACCAUCCGCCUAGAGGAGAUUGUGUACCUGCACUGCCAUCAGCAAGUGGACAGCGGCGGGACAGUGGUGCUGCUCAGCCAGGACGGGAUCCAGAGGCCGCCCUUCCGCUUCCCCAAGGGAGGGCACCUCCUGCAGUUCCUCUCGUGCCUGGAAAAUGGGCUGCUCCCUCAUGGGCAGCUGGACCCUCCACUCUGGUCUCAGCGGGGAAAGGGCAAAGUAUUUCCCAAACUGCGCAAGCGAAGCCCGCAGGGUUCUGCCGAGUCCACGUCCUCAUACAAGGAAGACAACGAGUCCACAGAUUACGUGUUCAGGACCAUUUACCCCGGCAUGAGGUCUGAAUUCGGUAAGCUGCCCCAUCUCUGGGCCCCCUGGAUCCAGCUGUUAGCCGAUCAUGAAAAUGAUUCCAGGUGUUUGGAACUAGAGGACAAGUGGUCUGGACUCUGGGGCCAGCAAGGGGACCAGAAACCAGGAAGAUUCAAUGAGGGUCCCAGGUCGGAGCUGGCGUCCUCGUCUGGCUUGGGCUGGCUCUCCCCAGGGCUGACCUUGUCUCUGCCCUGGCAGGUGGACGAGCAGAUUCACGCGUGCUAUGCGCAGACCAUGGCCGAAUGGCUGGGCUGUGAGGCGAUCGUGCGGCAGAGGGAGCGGGAGUCCCACGCGGCUGCCUUGGCCAAAUGCUCGUCAGGGGCCAGCCUGGAUGGCCACCUGCACCGGAUGAUGCACAGGGACUCUACCAUCAGCAAUGAGUCCUCCCAGAGCUGCAGUUCUGGCCACCAGCAUGUCCGCCUGCAGAGUGACUCCAGCAGCAGCACACAGGUGUUUGAGUCUGUGGACGAGGUGGAGCAAGUCGAGGCAGAAGGCAGGUUGGAGGAGAAACAGCCCAAGAUCCCCAAUGGGAACCUGGUGAAUGGCACCUGUUCCCCGGACUCUGGCCAUCCCUCCUCCCACAACUUCUCCUCGGGCCUCUCAGAGCACUCGGAGCCCAGCCUGAGCACAGAAGACAGUGUCAUGGACGCCCAGCGGAAUGCCUCCCUAGCGCUUCGGCCUGGGGACAGCAGCGUGGAGGACGGGCAGAGCAGUGAGGCCACCACCUCCCGGGACGAGGCCCCCCGCGAGGAGCUGGCCGUGCAGGACAGCCUGGAGAGCGACCUCCUUGCCAAUGAGAGCAUGGACGAGUUCAUGUCCCUCACCAGCAGCAUGGACGUGGCCAUGCCCGAGAAGGAGGGGGCUGCCAUGGAGGGCUGGGGGGGCGGCGAGGUGGAGAAGCACAGCCAGGUGGACAGUGAGGACAACCUCUCAGAAGAACCCGAGAUGGAAAGUCUCUUCCCCGCCCUGGCUUCUCUGGCUGUGGCCACUUCUGCCAACAACGAGGCGUCCCCCGUGUCCUCCAGCGGCGUCACUUACUCUCCGGAGCUCCUGGACCUGUACACGGUGAACCUGCACCGCAUCGAGAAGGACGUGCAGAGGUGUGACCGCAACUACUGGUACUUCACGCCCGCCAACCUGGAGAAGCUGCGC